AGUCUAGACCUGAAUUCAUAUUCUCGAAUAAUUAAUAGUUAUGAGUCUAAAUCUGAUUGGAUCAUGAGUCUAGAGCCUGAGUGGAUUAGAGUAACACUGACAAAAUAUAGAUAGAGGGAAUCAAGCAGGGUGUCCAACACCAGUUCUUUUUAUCUCUGAAAAUCAACCAAAAGAGCACGAGACAACGAUAUCCAAUUUCCUCUUCAUCGCUCCUCCUUUGGUUGAUUUUCAUACCCAGUAAUAAUCCUGAUUCAUUCCUGAAAUGGGGAGCUCUUACUGCUUACAUUCUCCUCUCCAUCACUUUCUUUCUCCUCCUCCUUCCACUUCUUCUUCUUCUUCUCUUCCUCUCUCUUCUCGUCCUCUUUUCUUAUACCUUCAAAAUUCAGAACGAAAAAGAAGAAAUGGUAGACUUUGCAGAGUUCCAAUGGCUUCUCUGCAACCACAAACAAUUACCCAAGAUAAUGAAUUUUGUAAAAGGAGAGUUUUACUCAUUCUGGGUAUUUCAGUUUUCCCUCUUUUGCCAUGGAAAAACGAAGCUUUUGCCUCUGAAGAUGAAGAUAAAAGCGGAGGAAAUAAAAAAACUGAGAAACCACCUCCAUCAGGAAAUCCGUUUCUAUCUCUUUUAAAUGCAAUAGGACUUCUCAGUUCAGGUGUGCUCGCUGCUCUCUACAGUUUGGCCCGAAAGGACAAGGCAGAAUCAGAUGCAACGAUAGAAUCUCUCAACGAUCAACUCAAGAAAAAGGAUGCGGCCAUUGUUUCGUUGGAGAAGAACUUUGAGUCAAAGCUGUUGAAUCAACAGGAAGAACAAAACAGACUAUUAGAUAAAGCAAAGGAAGAACAGCUGUCAUUGAUGAAUCGUUUGGAAUUAGCAAAUAACACAAUAAGUGGCCUUGGUCGAGAGCUACAAGGGGAAAAACAGAAAAUCGAACAGCUUCAAGUUGACAUCGGAAAUCUCGGGAUGAAACUCGAAAUAACUGGGAAAAAGAAGGCUUCUCUCGAAGAAAAAUUGAAAGAGAAGGAGAGCUCUAUUUCAUUCUUGGACGAACGAGUAAACUUGUUGAGUUCAGAAGUAAAGGAGAAAGAGGAAACUAUACACGGUCUUAGCUCUUCCCUUGCAGAGAAAGAUUCUGAUUUGACGAAGUUAAAUGCUUCCUAUAAGAAAAGUCGGGAUGAAGUAGAUGCCCUUAAUUCAGAGAUUGUGAAUUUGAACGAAGAGCUUCUGAAGCUUCGAAAUGAACUAGAGCAGAAGAAUUCGAUGGUAGACGAUCUGAAUGCCCGAGUGAAUUCUUUGACGAUUGAGCGAGACAAUUUAGCGGCGAAGCUCAACGCGCUUGAACGGGAAUACGAUGAUUUGAGAGCAUCAUCUCAAAAAACAGCUGCCGAUAAUAAGAAACUCCUCGAGGAGAAAGAGAUUCAACUAAACCAACUUAAAGAACAGUAUGAACUUGCCGUCAACGAAGCUAAUGCUAAGCAGGCUGCAAUAUCUGAUUUGACUCGAGAUAGGGAUAAUUUGAAGAAAAUGUUCGAUUUAGAAGUCAACAACGUAAGAAAUUUGGAAGCGGAGCGCCAAAUGACAAAGGAAGCUCUCGAGUCAUCGAAAAAUGAAGUAUAUGAUCUGAAUACACUAUUAUUGGAGUCGAGAAAGCUAUCUUCUGAACUCGAGGCGGAAAUCACAAGUGUUCAGGAAGAGUUUUCAAAAGCGAGAAAGUCGCUUCAGAAAAGCCUGAACGAGGCAACUUUACACUCGGAAUCUCUCUCGGCAGAGCUAAGCUCUGUGAAGGAAGCCUUAUAUAGAACUAAAAAGGAGCUCGAAAUCGUGUCCAAGGAUUUAACGGCUACUUCUAAGAACUGCGACAGUCUACAGAAGGAAUUGGUCGAAACUUACAAAAUGGCCGAAAGUGCAAAAAAUGAUUUAAAAGAAGAAAAAAAGAUGGUUGCUUCCUUGAAUAAUGAAAUACAAUCAUUGGAAGAACAAAUAGUUCAGGACAAGGAGUUAAGAAUAUCGCUUGAAACCAGUCUCAAAGAAGCUACUCGGUCUCUUGAUGAGAUGAACCAGCAAGCUUUGGUGCUUUCUAAAGAUCUCCAGGUGUCUAACUCUCGAGUUUCUAGCCUCGAGGAGGAGAAAGCAUUCCUCAAUAGUUUGCUAGAAAAGGAAAAGACACUCGCUCGAGAUGCCCAAGAAAACCUUGAAGAUGCUCAGAGUGUUAUAAUGAAGCUCGGGACUGAAAGGGAGAACUUGCAAAAGAAAUCCAAAAAACUGGAAGACGAUUUAGCUUCGACAAAGGGCGAAAUUUUGCGCUUGAGAGCUGAACUAAUCUCGUCGAGAUCUGCAACUAACAGUAAACCGAAGCAAGAAAAAGCACCUGUUACUAACGGUGAAGCUAAGGAAGAAACCGAGACUGAAACUAAAACUAAAACCGAGACGGUCGAUCAUGAGCUAGAGCAAGAAGCUGAGCCUGCAGUUAAUACUACCGCAGCACCCGCUAAAAGAACGACACGGAGGAGAAAAGCAAGUAGCCCGUGAGUACCUUUACGGACACAUGGACAUGGAUGGCGAGAUUUCCUCACACGAAUCUUCAUGCCUCACAUCUAUGUUCCCAGCCCCAGACAAACAAGGAGUUUUUCAUUGUUCUUGCAAGUCUCAGCAGAAAUGUCGCUCAAACUAGCACACCUAUUACUAAUGGAAUGUACAUAUCAAUGGUACUAUGGUAGUUUGCAAAAAUGAUCUCAUGAUUCAUGAACUUGCCAAUGGAAACAUUUCUAAAGGAGUCAACUAUAGUUGCUAGAAGUUGUACUUGAAGAUCGUUGCGACCCAUGAUACAAAUUGAUACCUCCUCUUUAGUCUCUAUGCAUGUUUGUCUUUUCAUAACAAAGGAAAUUUGUUUGGUUAAUUUCUGGUGAGAGAAUUAGACAAGAAGUAAAUGAAUGAAGAAUAGAAUAAAUAUGUAGACGAUAAAAGGUUAGAAUACGCUUGUGAAGAUGCUUAGAAUAGAAGAUGGAGGACCAAAGUGAAAAGUAAGAAUGUAGUAAAGUCAAACGGAUAUGUUAAAGCUAGUUAAAAAGUUGACUUUUAAGUUUAAGUUAAA